AUGGGGGGAAAGGAGAUCCCAAGGGUAACAGAGGCGCUGAGGGCUGGUGGGGGUGGUGGGGGUGGUGGGCGGGAUCGGGGAUGCGGGGAGGGCGGGAAGGUGAAAGCUGGCAGGCGAGAAGUCGGGAAAGCGGAAGUGCAAAGCGCGGGGAACGCGGUGAAGCCCCUGAAGUUGCCGAAAGUCACCAGUCGGAAGGCGUUUGGAAGAAUCGUUUGUGGCGGAGGGUGGUGUGCGGGAGGCGGAGCCCUAUCCGCCAGUAAGCCACCGAUCUCCUUAGCUUUUUGGCCACGAAUCAUGGGUCUCCGCUCGGUACGCGUGGCGCUGCUGUGCGCGGUGGUGGUGGCGCUCAGCCUCGGCGGGGGGAAGCAGGGCGCGGAGGCGAUCGCGGGCAGUGACCUGACGAAGCCGUUCGAAUGCGACAAGAACAGCGACUACGGCAUGUGGUUCCGGUACACGUGCGUGUGCGCGUCCAUGCAGGCGAAUGAUGUGGGAAUCUACUGGGAGCCCGCAGUCAACGUGAGCAUCGGCGUCACUUGCCCAGGCCCCAACCAGGCGGCGUUCGGGCGCAUGGCGUUCGGCAACAAGUGGCUGGAGUCCGUGGGGUACAGCUCCUGGGUAACCGAGCUCAUGCGCUGCGCGCGCCAGCCCUACCGCGGCGACGGCCGGCAGCUCUGCUACAUCUCCAACAUCCGCGGGCGCUUCAAGGAGCUCUUCGUGGGCAACGGGUACGUGCCGCCCGGCGGCAAGGUCAACGGCCGCCCCUGGAACUGGAACCCCGAGCCGCCUUACAUCGGCAACAACUGGCGCUCCUGGGCCUGGGAUGAAAAGCCGUACUAA